AUGAAAUUAUUAUUGCUUUUUUGCGUUCUUGUUCUCUACAUUGAUGUUGCAAAGGCAGGAAAUAUUAAAGCAGUUAGUCUCGGAGGCUGGCUCGUUACAGAAGGUUGGAUCAAACCAUCCCUUUUCGACGGCAUUCCCAACAAAGACUUAUUGGAUGGAACGAAUCUACAGCUGAGAUCAGUUACCGUGGGGAAAUAUCUAUGCGCGGAGAAUGGAGGAGGUAGCAUUAUAGUCGCCAACCGAACUUCUGCCUCUGGUUGGGAAACAUUCACGUUAUGGAGAAUAAAUGCGACGACGUUCAACUUUAGAGUUUUCAACAAGCAAUUCGUGGGAUUUGAGCGUAGAGGCAACUCAAAUGUGGUAGUUGCUAAUGGUGUAAAUAGCCUUGGCUUCGCUGCGGAGCCUUUCGAAAUUCACAGGGAUCCUCGAAAUUCGAGUCGCGUCCGGAUCAAAGCCUCUAAUGGCUUUUACUUCCAGGUGAAAUCGGAGGAAUUGGUGAGCGCAGAUUAUGAAGGAGAAGGUGAAUGGGGGGACGACAACCCCUCUGUAUUCGUGUUGACAAUAAGCAACCAAUUUCAAGGAGAAUAUCAAAUUACUAAUGGUUAUGGUCCACUCCGCGCACCUCGAGUUAUGAAGGAACAUUGGAACACAUAUAUUGUGGAAGAAGAUUUCAACUUCAUAAAGAGUAAUGGUUUAGAUGCUGUUAGAAUUCCAGUGGGCUGGUGGAUAGCCCAAGAUCCUUCCCCCCCAAAGCCAUUUGUUGGUGGAUCUUUAGCAGCUCUCGACAAUGCUUUCAAGUGGGCCGACAAAUAUGGGAUAAACGUAAUUAUUGAUCUACAUGCUGCACCCGGUUCACAAAAUGGCUGGGAGCACAGUGGCACCAGAGAUGGAUCGAUAGAAUGGGGCCAAUCAGACGACAAUAUUCGACAAACCGUCCACGUCAUAGAAUUUUUAACUGCUCGAUAUGCCAAGAGGCCAAGUCUAUACGCGGUGGAAUUAAUGAACGAGCCCCUCGCGCCUGGAGUGUCCCUAACAAACUUAACCAACUUCUACAAAGCUGGCUACAAUGCCGUACGGAAGCACUCCCGUACGGCCUAUGUGAUAAUGUGCAACAGAUUGGGAGUAAACGAACCAAGAGAGCUAUUCAGUGUUGCAAGAAGAAUGAAUAGAUCUGUGAUCGACGUGCAUUUCUAUAACAUCUGGGGUAAUUUCAGCCAAUUCACCGUGGAACAAAACAUUGAGUAUAUCUACAAGAACCGGACGGCCGAGUUGAAGCAGCUUCGAACCUCCAACGGUCCUCUCAUUUUUGUGGGAGAAUGGGUAGCAGAGUGGGCAGUAAAAAAUGCGAGUGAGAGUGAGAUUCGAAGGUACGGUGAAGCUCAACUGCAAGUGUACGGAAACGAGACGACUUUUGGGUGGGCAUAUUGGACACUGAAGAAUGUCAAUAAGCACUGGAGUUUGGAAUGGAUGAUUAACAAUGGAUACAUCAAGCUUUAA